AUGUUAAUUUCAAAGACUGAAAAUGAAGAGCAAGCUGAAACAGCAGUUCAUUCUUCUUAACCUGUAUGUCCAAAUUGUGGAGCUGCAAGGGAAAGUAUUUUAGAAUAAGUACCAUCUCCAGCUUCAUUUAUAAUAUCAUUUGUUUCUUUAUUUUAUUUUGGAAUAUGGUGCAUAUUUAUUAUUCCAUUAGUAUUUUAAUCAACAAAAGUAUAAUAAAUAAUUAAAUAAAAAGAUGAUAAUUAAGAGAUGUUACUAUUGUAAUCAAGAAUUGGAAAAAAGAAAAUAUUUUUAAUUACCAAAUAUAAAUGAUUAAGUAUUAUAAUUUAGAUUUGGCAAUUGCAUACUUGUAGUUUCAAGAAAAUAUGCUUUAAUAUUAUUGAGCAUAAUCAUAUGUUUGUUUUUUUACUUUGAAUAUUUUAAAGAGGAAGAACAUCCUUAAAUUGAAACAGAGGUCUAUGCAAACAAAACAUGGGUAGAAUUCUUAUAAUUUUGUGGAAAAUUUUAAUUUGUUGAUAAUGGUCUAAAAGCAAGGCAUUAAUUUGAAAAUUAUUUUAAGAAUAAUUUAGUUUCAUGGAAGGGGUAUUUAAUUAACAUUAUACAUUUAAAGUGAUUAUAUUCAAACAAAACCAAAUCAUGAUCCAAAUUUCCAAUUUAAUUAUUGGGUUUAUUUAAAGAUGGAUCCAACUGAAUCAACUGAAGAUUUACCAGAUAUAAUUUUAGGAGUAAAAGAAUCUUAAUAUUAAAUUGAAAUAUUUAAAAAAUUAGAAAAAGGAAAGCCAAUACAUUUUGAUGCAAAAUUUCUUUUUUUAGGAUCAGAAUAUAACUUCCACAUUUUAGAGUUAAGAAAACUUAGUAUUUUAUCAUCUGAAAAGGCUGAAGAUUUAAAAAAUCUUCAUUAAUUCACAUUAGAUAUGGAUAAAAUAUAUUAAUUAAAGAGAUAAAAAAUAUAAGAGUCUCUUCUACACAAGAUUCAUAUGUUUAGUUCAUAAUAAAUUCCUGGAAUUAAGAAAAUAAUAUAAAACAUCCAAGAAGAAAAUACUAAUAAUUAAGAUAAAUUAAAUGAUUAAACUGAGACAGAAAGAGAAAAUGAGAUAGAAAAUAAGAAGGAUGAUAAUGAUAAUGAAAAUAUUAAUAAAUAAAUAGCAUAGGAGGAAAAAAAUGAAACGAUUUAAGAAGAAGUAAAUGAAACUUUAGAAGAAGGAGAAAAUGAGGCAGUAAAUUAACUUGAUUCUUAAGAAUAAUUUGAUCCUUCAAAUGUAAAUAUUAAAAUAGAUGAAUCGAUAAGAGAAGAAAUUCUCUCAAAAGAUUCAAGUAUAACUAAUGGAGUUAUUGAUGAGGAAAAUAAAAGCAAAAAUUAAGACUGAU